CUCCGGGUUGAUGAUGUACGCAGCGUUGCUCCGCCCCCUGCCCUUGAGGCGGUGGAAAGAUGGCGGAGUUGGAUAUCGGGCAGCACUGCCAGGUGCAGCACUGCCGGCAGCGAGACUUUCUUCCAUUUGUAUGUGAUGGUUGUUCAGGAAUAUUUUGCCUUGAACACAGAAGCAAGGAUUCUCAUGGGUGUCCUGAGGUGAACGUAGUGAAGGAGAGGCCAAAGCCAGGGCAACACAGACCUUACUCGUGCUCAUUCGAGGACUGUGCUGAAGUGGAGCUCGUGGCCGUGAUAUGCCCUUAUUGCAAGAAGAACUUUUGCCUAAGACACCGUCAUCAGUCAGAUCAUGGGUGUGAAAAACUGGAGACCCCAAAGGCUCGAAUGGUUGCCACACAGAAACUUGUCAAAGACAUUAUUGACGCCAAGACAGGAGGGGCAGCAAGUAAGGGGCGGAAAGGCGCCAGAAGCAGCGGGACGGCUGCGAAGGUGGCGCUGAUGAAGCUGAAGAUGCAUGCCGUCGGGGAUAUGUCACUGCCACAGACAGAAAGAAUUUACUUCCAGGUUUACUUACCAAAGGGGAGCAAAGAGAAGAGCAAAGCCAUGUUCUUCUGCCUCCGUUGGAGCAUUGGGAAGGUCGUGGACUUCGCAGCUUCUCUAGCCCAUCUUAGAAAUGAAAACAACAAGCUGACGGUGAAGAAGCUGAGGUUGUGCCACGUCCCUUCAGGAGAAGCCUUGCCUUUGGACCACACUUUGGAAACAUGGAUCACAAAGGAGGAUUGCCCUUUAUAUAAUGGAGGAAAUGUUAUUUUGGAAUAUCUAAAUGAUGAAGAGCAGUUUUUAAAAAAUGUUGACUCUUACUUGGAAUAGUCAUUCAAGGAUUCAAGCCAGAAUUUACAAGGAGA